AGUGAUUGCUAAAACGGGCUAAAGUGUAAUAAAAUUAUAAUAUAAUACCUUCGCGCAACGAUCAUUCUUCUCGGUCUUAAAAUAAUUCAUCGCGUCGCUUGCGCGCUGGAGAAAGAAAAAAAGCGUUGUUGCAAAAGUUUGCACACCUUUACAUCCCAUGUGAUACGAGAUAUUCGAGAAGAACCAGUCACGACCACCACUACGAGAGAUCUCCACGAUGAUACCACUGCUAGAAAUGCUACUAGUUAUAGUAGCGUUAGCUACGCACGCACGUGGACUCCCUUAUAGAGAAUUGUCACCUCAAUUGCAGACACAACAAAUUGAUCAAGCGCAAUUUAAUUGGGAUCAAUCGCAGCAAAAUACGUUCGAAGGAUACCAAACGCAUGCUUCUUCAGAAUCACAAAAGCAACUUAAUCUUGAUUAUACAUAUCAACCUGAUCAAACAUUGCAGUCCUAUCCUAGCGCCGGCGCCGUAGAUGGCUUCACUAUCAGUUGCAGUGGUAAAAAUAAAAUCUGCGUGGCCAAAAGUCUAUGCAUCAACGGGUAUGUGCAGCCUUUGAAACUAGGCUUUAUUCGGCCAGGACAGGUGCAAGAGUGCAAGCUCAGCCACGAAGUAUGCUGUACCGUGCAAUACAAUGUGUAUUAUCCGUUCGAUAUCGAUCCAAUUAAUGCGGUGAAGAACAAUCAGUACCCGAAACCUACUCUGGAAAAUGAUGAGAAAUACGUUCCAUUCGGAGAUAAUAAUCAGGCAGACGUGACUGAAUUGUUGAAGCCUCCGUUAGAAAACAACGUUGUACUGCAAUCCCCAUCGGACAAUGGAUUCGAUAUCGAGUCUGCUAAUCAGCCUCAUGUCAACAUAAGACCAGUCGAAGAGAUACCAGUCGAUUACAAUCAUAUACCCUCCGAUACGAAUCAACAGGAGCAAUAUCAAAUAGGUGAUAGUAGUGCUAGCGAGCCAGUUUUCCCAUUAAAAUCAGCCCCUACGAAUCCGAAUCCCGCAGUCUUCCAAUUUACGGUUCACAUGGGAUGUGCGGCCGCCCUGCUCUGCGUAGAAGAGCAGUACUGUACGUUAGAAGGAACGAUUAGUCCGCAACCAAUUGCGCUUAGCAGCAAGGAACUUCUACGACGUGUUCCGUUAAGCAGUUGCAGAAUCUCGGAGACCGGGGCAGUUGGUAAGUGUUGCCGCGAUCCGAACUACGUGGAUCCGUGGCCGACGGGCAAUUUGCCGGCCAACUACACCGGUGGCUUCGACGAGCAAGGCUUCCCGACGUUCUUGAAUAUUGCGAAGGUACAACCACCGAAGAAGCCGAUCAUCCAGCCACCCAUCAAGACGAUUCCCAGGCCGCCGAUCAAACCAUUCGUCCCGCCACCGCAGGUUCAUGAGCAGUUACAGCCGACGAACGUCGUGCCCCUGGUGCCGGAUGAUUCCGACGUCAUCCCACAACGCGUGUUACCAAUCUCGACUCCGAUUCCAAUAGUGCCCCCGAUCAGCAGCCCCGCGCCGUUCAAUAUUCCAAGUGACCCUCCCGUCGUGCCGGAAUUGCAGUUGCCCAACAAUCCAUGUGGAGUGAGAAAUUACGGACGACGCCCGACCGACUUCAGAGAGACCGAUGCGGCAUUCGGAGAGAUUCCGUGGCAAGCGAUGGUUUUGUGGUCGGAGGAACGUAAGAUUUUGUGUUCUGGUGCUUUGAUAUCAUCAGAUAUCGUUCUGACAGCUGCCAGUUGCGUAAAUAGAUUCCCGGCGAGUGAACUGUCUGUCAAACUCGGAGAAUGGAAACUGGGAUAUGAACUUGAACACGAGGAGCCGCUGCCAUUCCAAAUUAUCAAUGUACGAACGAUCAAAUAUCAUCCUGGAUACGUAGAAGGAUUGCCUGGCAACAAUACUGCUAUGCUCCUUUUGGAACAUCCCGCAGCAUUUAAUUUGCAUAUCAACACGCUAUGUCUUCCCGAUAAUUAUCAAGUGCAAGAAACUUCGCAAUGCAUCGUGACGGGCUGGGGCAAGUCGAUACUGCAAGCUCAUUACGCGGGUGCUAUCAUGCACAUGGUUGAUGUGGAUCUUCUGACGCAUGACGUGUGUCAAAAUCGGGUCUUGGAUGCGGAAUCCCAUAUCAAUGUCGCACAUAAUACAAUCUGCGGUAAAGCACAUAAAGAAAAUAAUAUGUGCCAGGCCGAUGUCGGUGCUCCAUUGGCUUGUUACGACGGCAACGGAGCCUACCAUAUCGCCGGAAUUUAUAAUCAAGACACUGGAUGUUUUCCCACUAAUCAGGUAGCGACAUUCACACCCAUUGACAUCACCUGGCUGAAACAAACUAUGUAUGCGCCCGAACCUAAAAUAGACGCUAGCGAUGAUGGCUACGAUUAUCGAAAGAGUAAUUUACCAGCGGGUAACGAAUAUUUGCCACCAGUGUAAAGGUAAACGGUAUUCAUACUGUAUAGCGUAUUUCUUUUUUUAAUACUCACGAAUGGUAGGACGAGGAAGCGCGCGACAGACGCAAUCGUAUAAUACUCGAUUUAGCGUAAUGCUGCAGAAAAUAAUUGGUAGCGUUUAAUCGAUUUCAUGUUAAGUCGCGAAAAAGAGUCGGAGAGCAAUCGUCGGGAGACUAUUGUACAUUGCAGAUAAUUGUUGCCGAUACUAAAUAUAGACUAAAAAUACUUUGCGCUCCGCUUUCAAGUGUUGUUAUUCGGAAUUUUCAUAAUAUAGGAAAAUGCGAUACAAUAAUAGAAAUCUAUUAGAGCGUAAACAGAGCUCGAGAAUCAAUUCCAUAACGUAU